AUGGCGUCGAGUCAGUGGACAAGGUCGGAGGACAAGAUGUUCGAGCAUGCUUUGGUGCUUUUCCCUGAAGGAUCUCCUAACCGGUGGGAGAUUAUAGCCGGUCAGCUACAGAGAUCUGCUGGUGAAGUUAGGGAGCAUUACGAGGCCUUGGAGCAUGAUGUCAUAGAGAUAGAGUCUGGCCGUGUCCAUGUACCGGAUUAUGUGGAUGACUCAGCCGGUCAGAUCACGUUUGGGUCUAAACACGGAGAGAGCGAGCGGAAAAGAGGAACUCCUUGGUCUGAAAGCGAACACAAGUUGUUUCUGGUGGGAUUAAAGAGAUAUGGUAAAGUAGACUGGAGGAGCAUAUCUAGGAACGUGGUGGUAACGAGGACACCCACGCAAGUCGCUAGUCAUGCUCAGAAAUAUUUCCUUAGACGGAACUCGGUGAAGAAGGAGAGGAAAAGGUCUAGCAUACACGACAUAACUACGGUUGAUACUAGCUUGGCUAUGCCUAGUUCCAACAUGGACUGGAGUGGGCAGCAGGAUAGCACUGUUCAGCCUCAGCACCAGCAACAAGUCAGGACGGAGAUUUGGUCAGCAAUUGACUCCAGGUGGUGAUUUUUGAGGAUUUCGGUUUUGGGAUGUGUGUGAUGAACAAAGGGAAGAAAUUAGUAAUGGUUUUAGUUUUUUUUUCUCAUUUUAUGUGAGUAGGGAUAUAAAUAGGAUUGGGUGUUUAUUCAUAUACAAAUGAUGAUGAAAGUGUAUAAUUUGUUUGGUAUUUGAAUCAAAUGCAUAUGGUGUUUUUCUCAAUUGAGG